AUGGGUCUCGGAGGGGAGCCCGGCGUCGCUUCCUCGCUUGCGGACAGCAGGAGCCCCCACUCAGCGCAGGGCAGCUGACCCGGCCCCGCUGUGUGCGAUGGAUUGAGGCGUACCCGGCUGCGCCCCGCCCGGCCCCCGCCCGCAGCCCACAUAGAUGCGAUGGAAAAUCGGGGGCUCUUCUGCACCCUCUGUUACCUGAUGUUCAACGCGCCUCUGCUGUUCAUCGUCACCGCUACCUUUACUGAAGUUCCCAAAGAUGUGACUGUUAGGGAGGGAGAUGAUAUUGAGAUGCCUUGUGCUUUCCGAGCCAGCGGAUCCACCUCUUACUCCUUGGAAAUCCAGUGGUGGUACCUUAAAGAACCAGCCAGAGAACUUGCACACGAAUUAGCCAUCAGUGUCCCCGGCAGCAGGAGCAAGGUAACAAAUAAGGAUGCAACCAAAAUCAGCACGGUCCGCGUCCAGGGCAACGACAUCUCGCACCGGCUGCGGCUCUCGGGCGUGCGGCGGCAGGACGAGGGCGUCUACGAGUGCCGCGUGGCGGACUACAGCGACGACGAGACGCAGGAGCACAAGGCCCAGGCGCUGCUGCGCGUCCUCUCCCGCUUCGCGCCGCCCGACGUGCAGGCGGCCGAGGCGGUCUCGCACAUCCAGAGCGGCGCGGCCCCGCGCCGCCACGGCCCCGCCGCCCGGCCCACGCCGCCGCCCGGUCCCGGCAAGCGCCCGCCGCCGCCCGCGGCCGAAGGGGGUGUCUCCGCCGCCGCCAGCGCCACUGCCACCGCCACCGCCUCGGCGGCCGCCGCUGCCUCCUCGGCCUCGCCGCCGCCCGGGCAGGCCGCCAUCCUCCGCCAGCAGCACGGGUCAGGUACAGGACCUAUUUAUGCUACAGACCCACUCCUAUAUAUGUUCCUGUUAAUACUGCAUAAGCUUGUACGUUUAUUAGUAAACCACUGACAGACUACUUCCUCCAUUCCUCCUCAGCCAAACGAAAAGGAACCUGUUUAAAAAUAGAACAAACCCCUGACAAAAA